UUUAUCACAAAAACGGAAUAAUUGUAAAAACAAAAUAACAUAAUUAGCACCCGGAACAUUCAUUUAAACGAAAUAUAUUAGUAAUAAGGGUGAUACUGGGUGAAAUAUUGCUGACUUUGGAUGGAUUUUGUGUACUUUUGAUUUGUGUCGUCUGUGGAACCGAUGGGUAAGUUAAAGUAAUGCGCAUGUACCCCAUCAGUGGAGGCUGAAUCAACUUUCGGUUCCGAAUCAACGUAACCUGUAACGGUGAAACGAGGGAGAUUUGAUAUGGAAGAAAUCGAAGUUUGGUGACAGAAGAAAUGAUUGAAAGAAUUUCUCACAGUAUGGCUGAUAAAAUAACUCCAGGAAAGGCUAGUACUAGUGGUUAUGGUAAACGGACCUUGGAGGACCAGGAAGAGCAUGUCAAUAGCCGUAAGGGUAAAGUAUUCAAUGAUCCUGUUCACGGCCAUAUUGAAAUUCAUCCCCUUUGUAUAAAAAUUAUUGAUACACCAGAAUUUCAACGUCUACGUUAUUUAAAACAACUAGGUGCUUGUUAUUAUGUCUUCCCUGGUGCAUCACAUAAUAGAUUUGAACAUUCCAUAGGUGUUUGUCAUCUUGCUGGUGAGAUGGUCUCACGACUUCAAGAACAACAACCAGAGCUUGAUAUAACUCCUGUUGAGGUAUUAUGUCUGAAAAUAGCUGGUCUGUGUCAUGAUCUGGGUCAUGGUCCAUUCUCACAUGUAUUCGACGGCAAAUUUAUACCGUUAGUUGUUUCAGAAUCUAAAUGGAAACACGAAGAGGCAUCGAUUCAAAUGUUUGACCAUUUGAUAGAAAAAAACAACCUGGAGAAAGAUUUUCUAGAAUAUAAUUUGACGUUUAAGGAGAGAGAAUUUAUUAAAGAACUAAUUAAUGGACCAUCGGAUGACAAAGAUAAAGGUUCAGAUAAAAAGAAAUAUCUGUAUGAAAUUGUGGCUAAUAAAAGAAAUUCAGUGGACGUAGAUAAAUUUGAUUACUUUGCUCGUGAUUCGUACAUGCUGGGGAUCAAAAACAAUUUUGAUCAUAAUCGUUUCAUGCGAUUUUGUCGUGUCAUCGAAGAUGAAUAUGGUGAAAAGCGGAUCUGCAUCCGUGAUAAAGAGGCAGAGAAUUUAUAUGAAAUGUUUCAUACACGUAAAACUCUACACAGUCGAGCUUAUCAGCAUGUUGUUACACAGGCUGUAGAAAGUAUGAUUGUAGAUGCAUUGAUAAUAGCUGAUAAAUGUGAAACCUUUCCAUUUCUCGAUACAAAUGAUCCACCACGACAAUUGCAUGAAUGUAUAGACGAUAUAAAGGCGUAUAAGAAACUGGAUGAUACAAUCUUUCAGCGAAUAAUGUGGUCGACAGAACCAGAGUUACAAGGUGCCAGAGAUCUGAUUGAUAGAAUCCAGAAACGUCAGUUAUACAAAUGUGUUGGCGCGGCGCAGCGUCCCGAACAUCUAGAUAAGGAAAAGGAGAAGGAAGUGCCAAAAGAAAUCGCUAAAUUCGCUAAAUUAGAACCUGAAUGUCUCAAAUUGUCGCGUGUUCAUUAUGACUAUGGUAUGAAAAGUCAAGAUCCAGUUAGCCAUACCCGAUUUUACUCGAAAGACAAACCUAAUGUAUGUUUAGAACUCUGCCCAGAACAGGGCCCCCAGAUGCUUCCAAAGCAUUUUCAAGUAGAUAUGAUUCGUAUCUUCUGCACGGAUAGUAGACCAAAAAUCAUAGAGGCGGCCAAAUCAGCUUUUGAACAAUGGUGUGAUGACAAAGGCGUGAAGCCUGAGGGUAUCAGAGGGGGAUUCAGAUUCCAGGAAGUUACCCAAAAGACCCUCACAGAGAGAUCCAGCACAGAAUAAAGAUGACAGAUUUAAAGAAAAAGAUGAUAUGGACUUGAGACAUUUUUGUGUGUGUGUUUUUUUAAUUUAUUUCUUUUAAAUUAUUUGCUUGAGAGUUUAAAAUCUAUUUAUUGUUUUACAGUUUUAGUAUUUAUUUUGUGUGAUGUGUGUUUUUUUUUAAUCAUAUCUUGUAUUUUUUAAUUUAUUUCUUUUAAGUUAUUUGCUUGAGAGUUUAAAAUCUAUUUAUUGUAUCACAGUUUUAGUAUAUAUUUAUUGAAUUACAGUUUUAAAAUCUAUUUAUUGUAUCAGAGUGUUAGUAUCUAUUUAUUGUAUCACAGUGUUAGUAUCUAUUUAUUGUAUCACAGUUUUAGUAUUUAUUUAUUGUAUCACAGUUUUAGUAUAUAUUUAUUAUAUUACAGUUUAAUAAGUAAGUUUACCCUCAAAGUUCAUUCGCUAAAAUCUCGGUUCAGAGUAGAUCAAUUUGACUAAAAUUUUCAGCAAAUUGCCUUUACAUUAUCUAGUUUUUAACUAUUAUAAUGUGAACUGCCAGCGCUUCCAUAAUGUAUACAUUAAUGGCAAGGAACACAUUAAGGGGGCACAUCUGUGGACAAUUUACAACUGUACAAGACUGCACGGUACACAAUUAUCAAGAAUGAAUGAUCUAUAGUGUCAGUAGUGUGGACAAUUCAUUUGCUCAUGAUAGAUGAGAAUAUGAAAUGAAAUGAAAUGGGGUUUAACGUCCUAGUGUUUUGCUCCGACUGGGCUAAUGAAGACGGUGUGAUAGUUAAUAACAGGGAUGCUAUUUCAAAAUUUUGCACGUCGGACAUUUUUGGUUGGAGUUAACCGAGCCCAGAAUUACAUCACCAGAAUUCGUCGUCCGCUUCAGGAAAUAAGAUCAAUAGGCUCCCAUUCACUUUAGUGGAAUUCAAAUAGACAUAAUCAUUUAUUAUGUUGUGUAGCAAUUAGGGUUCUGAAUAAUGUUGAUGAAUAGUUCACAAUAUUAUGUGGUUCUCUCUAUUUUUCAUAUUUAAUUUCCGUGCCGGCUUCAGUACCUGCCUUCGUUUGUACAAUAGAAAACGAAAUCGAAAUGUUCGUGAUAAGAAUAGUUCAUGAUAUCUAAACAUAUUUUUUUUAUUUAUAAAAUGGUAUUUAUAAAUUAAUUACCCAUAUAAAGGCAUAGCCCACUUCCGAUUAUUAUGUCAAUUGUUGGCCUACGUCACCAUUUACACAUAUUUUCUUAGUAAGCAAUACCUUAUAUGGUAAGCGAUGAUUUCUGUGCGACACAUUUAUGGCAAGGUUUGGCGGAAUUUGUCUCGAAUUAUUCACCAUAAGAGUUCCACAUGAUAUUGAACUUAUAAAAAUAAAUGCAUUCGACACGAUUUUCGACUUAGAAUAAUUUUGAUAGAGUGUUUUGGUCUGUGGUUCCUAUUUAUUUAAAAAGUUUCUUCUCAGACCCCCUAUAUGCCUGUGUGGUAUCACAUUACACAAGAUUUUCUCAGAAUGUUUUAGGUACGUGGUGUUUUUACCGAAAAUAAGUUAAAGGUGUUUAUUAAUAGCUAUUAAAAUACAGAUGUGACGUCACCCUUUGAUGUUGGCGUACCAUUAUUUCAAAUAAUCGUACGGGCAACUUGCCAAUAGUACUUUAUUCAAACCAGUGAGAUAUUGGACUAAUGUGACGUAAAAGCUCGUGCUGAGUGUCAGUAUUUUAAGAUGUUUAAUGGUCUCGAGCUUACGACAUUGCGUAAUAUAUUGUAAAAACAUUCGGGCCUACGGCCCUCAUGUUGUUACAAUAUAUUACUUAAUGUCUCGCUCUCGACCAUUAAACAAUACUUAAAAUACAGAUGUGACGUCAUCCUUUGAUGUUAGCGUAUCAUUAUUUCAAAUAAUGGUACGGCAAUGUGCCAAGCGUACAUUCUUUAAACUAGGUAAAAUUUUUGACCCGUGUGACGUAUUUCAGUGCAAAGUCCAUGCGAGUGUCUGUAUUUUAAGUCGUUUAAUGGUCUCGAGCUUAAGACAUUGCGUAAUAUAUUGAAACAACAACUCGUGACUACGUCACUCGCGUUGUUUCGAACGGAAUAUUUUGACAAUAAGACAGAAAUAGUAUGUUUCUCAUCAAGGUUUUAAGAACGUCGGCAUUUAUCCAUCAAAUUGUACUGUUCGGAUCGGUGAUGUGCUUGGUACUCCAUUUAACUGUCGGGAACCACUGUGUAAUGAUGGAUUCCACUCGAACAAUGGGCACCCAUAUCACCAGCUUAUGUAAGGCAACGUCGCACAAGCCUGAUAUUUCUCAGAUGACAGAAAUAUUAGUUGCUUGUUGAAGUUUGAUUGUAUAAUCUUUUAAUAAUAAUUGUCAAUAAAUCUAUUAAUAAUAGGGGGAUUGCAUGGCUGAAUGGUUAGCAUGUGCGCGUUGUAUCAUAAAGUCUGUCAUUGAGUCAACUGGCGUGGUUUUGAAUCCACGGUUGUACGUGACAAGGAGUAUGAUCGCCUGUCCAAUCUCGUGGGUUUUCUCCGGGUCCCCCGGUUUCCUCCCACUGCUAAAAACCCCUGCGCGCAAGCGAAUUAUUGAAAUAAAAUUGAACCAUAUGUUAGUCCCGAAAUGACCUUGUUUGUGUCGAGUGGACGUUAAACCCCCCUCUCUCUCUCUUUCUCUCUCUCUUCUCUCUCUCUCUCUCUCUUUUGAUAAUAUUGUCUCUAAAUCUUUUAAUAUUCUGUAUCCUGGAAUUCACGUUUUCUUGAAUGUUUUAUAAAUUUGUGUUUGUUCUAUUUCAUGAUAAAUAAAAUAGCCUUCUCAUGCUUUAA